ACAUCAAGAGCUUCUCAAAACAUUACUCAUUCAUUAUCCAUACGUUAUUCAUUCUUACCUUCUAGUCGGGCCGCUAGCAAGUGUGGAUCAUUCUUAUUCCUCUAAUCCCUAGUAUCCGCGGAUCGAAUUAGACUUAGACUCGAAAACGUCAUGCUAGACGGAAAACAAGAGAGAACUUCGUGAGGAGAAAAAAAAAAAGUUGCCCACGCCCCUACAGCAAUGUGCACAGGAACCACUCAUUCCUGCGAUACCAAUGACAGCUGCGUAGCAUUGAUCCCUUGUGUUCAUACACAUCACUCACUCAUUCUCUCGCGAUAUGCUCUUUAGUAUAUAGUAUGAUUGAACUAAUGAGACCACGUCCUCUAUUACCUAGUGCCGAUCUUCCCUAUACAGUUACGAUACAGACAUGGCUAGCUCAGAGAACGAGUCCUUAUUUCUCAAGCUUCCAUUAGAAUUGCGCCUAGAGAUAUAUUGGUAUCUCCUAUGUUCUCCGGACUACAUUAUAAUAUCUUCAAGGCGACGACAACUUCAUUGGUGCCGUCCGCAACUGCCCACGUGGGGACUUCGCCGAACCUCCCACCGAAUGCCACACGUAGAGUUGCUACGCACCUGUAAGCAGGUAAAUUCGGAGGCAACUCCUAUUCUCUACGGGAAAAAUCAAUUCCUCGUGGCCUUGCCCCAUCUGGCACGCUUUUACCCUAGGAACUCCUUCUUAUGGAAUUUGCGGUACUCGACCAUGUCCGAUUUGGCUUCCAUCACGUUCGUUCGUGCCUGUCGCGGUAACUGUCCGGAGUGGUUGAUAGCGUGCGCCACCAACAAGGAGUUCCUAAAUAUCAAGGAAUGGACUACGACAGGACGUCAGCUGGCCAACUUGUGUUUUCCGCACUACAGCGAACCGAAUUUGCUGCCCUUGUCAAAAGCAAUUCGAGAGGCGCAUAUUCACAUUUGCCACAGAAUUUCCGAAGACAAGUCUGCGCAGAUGGAAGGGUACACCUGUUGCAGGCAUAGGGAUGCCAUGGUAAGCAGAACGGGCCGUAACGAAGAACUGGCACCGAUGAGAUUCUAGAUCCUAGGGCUACACUACCUACGCACACGCUGACAUACUUGACAUGAUAAUCGAUAUCUGCUAUUCUGCUAUACUCCAUCGUAAAUAAAGCGCGGGAAAAAAAUAAAUGACACAGAGGAAAUUUCGAUGAUAGCG